AUGCAAUGCUAUACGGAGCUGACACCUCCGACAGCUGUUACACACUCACUGAACCUACCCUUCACCUCAGUCAAUGCAAACAACCUUGUCGUCGCCAAAACCUCCUUACUUCAGAUUUUCACGACCAAGAUUACCUCAAUCGAAAUCGAAAGUCCGCAAGAUGCACAGAAGCAAAACGAGAAAUGGGAUCCAACGGUUAAUAGUGGUGAUGGGUUAGAAGCAUCGUUCAUUGGGGGAGAGUCGCUCCUGCGACCAGACCGCGCGAGAAGGACGAAGCUGGUACUCGUGGCCGAGUAUACAUUAUCCGGCACAAUCACAUCGCUUGCAAGGAUAAAGACUGUAUCCUCAAAGUCGGGCGGAGAAGCACUUUUGAUCGCAUUCAGGGAUGCGAAGCUCAGCUUAGUGGAGUGGGAUCCGACACGACCGGGAAUUUCGACAAUCUCCAUACAUUUUUACGAACAAGACGAUCUUCAACGGAGUCCAUGGGCACCUAGCCUUAAAGAAUGUGUGAAUCAGUUGACUGCGGACCCGAAAAGCAGAUGCGCUGCACUCAAGUUUGGAGGCAGGAACUUGGCCAUCAUCCCCUUCAAACAAGAUGACGAGGACGUCAAUAUGGAUGACUGGGAUGAAGAGAUUGAUGGACCUCGUCCAGCCGACCAGACAGUCUCCAAGACUGCAAAUGGUGUCGGUGGUAAGGAGGAAACACCAUACAACUCCUCGUUUGUUCUACGCCUUGCCGCACUUGACCCAAACCUCAUCAAUCCGAUACAUCUUGCCUUCCUUUAUGAAUAUCGGGAGCCAACUUUUGGGAUUCUUUCGUCUACCCAGAUGCCAGCUUCCUCCUUACUUUUCGAGCGAAGGGAUCAUCUUGCAUAUAUGGUGUUUACCUUGGACCUCCAUCAGAAAGCGUCAACAACUAUUCUGUCCGUCAAUAAUCUGCCAUACGACUUGUUCGAAGUCGUUCCACUUCCAGCGCCUGUUGGUGGAGCCUUGCUCAUUGGCAUAAACGAAUUGAUACAUAUCGACCAGGCUGGCAAAUCCAAUGGAGUUGCCGUCAACGUUUAUGCCAAGCAAUGCACCUCCUUCAGUCUUGUCGAUCAAUCAAAUCUUCAAAUGCGACUGGAAGGUUCGAAAGUUGGGCAACUAUCAAUCCAGAGUGGAGAAAUGAUCAUCAUUCUCCAAAGUGGGGAGAUAGCCAUCCUCAGUUUUCACAUGGACGGACGCUCAGUAUCUGGUUUAAGUGUUAGACGAGUGUCCGAAGAAGCAGGCGGUCUGGUGAUUCCGGCUUCUAUAUCCAGUAUAAGCCCUCUCACCCAGAACACAGUCUUCAUUGGAAGCGAGUCUGCAGACUCAUUGGUACUUGGUUGGAGUCGGAAAUCAAAUCAGCUCUCUCGUCGAAAAUCGCGGGUCGAAAUUGUCGAAGAUGCAGAUGACGAUCUCCUUGAUGAAUUGGAUGACGAAGAUGAUGAUGCCGAUGAUGACUUAUACGGCGACGGCCCGUCAACAACACAGGCGACCACGAAUGGCAUUGCCAAGUCCGAGACAGCGAAUAGCAAAGCUGGCGACUAUGUUUUUCACAUACACGACUUCUUGGUUAACAUCGCUCCAAUUGUGGAUAUUGCGUUUGGCAACGCAAGCUACUUUGCAAGAGACGAAGAUAAGGUCGACACGGAAGGCGUCACUGGUGACCUAGAGCUUGUCGCCGCUGUAGGUAAGCAGAAAGCAGGAGCUCUUGCUGUUCUGCAUCGAAACAUCCAGCCUAAAGUGAUUGGUCGAUUUGAGUUCCCAGAAGCUCGCGGAAUAUGGACCAUGAGUGCGAAACGACCCACGGAAAAAGGACUUCAAGUCGAGAAUGAGAAAUCCGCAAUGAGUGGUGACUACGCUGUCGAUGCACAGUAUGACAGGUUCAUGAUAGUCUCGAAAGCUCUUCCUGAUGGCACAGAGACGUCAGAUGUGUAUGCAUUGACAUCUGCAAACUUUGAGGCUCUUGCUGGAACCGAAUUUGAGCCUGCCGCCGGAGCAACAAUUGAGGCUGGGACCUUAGGGAACGGCAUGCGGGUGAUACAAGUUUUGAAGUCUGAGGUCCGAAGUUAUGAUGGUGACCUCGGAUUGGCUCAGAUCUUGCCAAUGUACGACGACGAUACGGGAGCCGAGCCACAGAUAGUCAGCGCAAGCUUUGCAGACCCGUUCUUACUCCUCUUCAGAGACGACGCUAGUAUUUUUGUGGCCCAGUGCGAUGAUAACAACGAGCUGGAAGAAAUCGAGCGGGAAGAUGAUGCUCUUCUCGCAACAAAAUGGCUGACAGGAUGCCUGUAUAUCGACACAACGGGAGUUUUCGCACCAGUUCAAUAUGACAAAGGUCAAGCAUCUGGAGAGAAUGUGAUGAUGUUCCUCCUCAGCUCUUCUGGAGCGUUGCAUAUAUAUGCUUUACCCAACCUUUCAAAAGCGGUGUAUAUUGCAGAAGGUCUUUGUUUUGUGCCGCCAGUUCUUUCCGCGGACUAUGCUGCAAGACGAUCUGCCGCUCGAGAGACAAUAACGGAGUUGAUGGUAGCAGACCUUGGCGAUGAGACCUCGAAAUCGCCCUAUCUUAUUUUACGCCCAUGUACUGACGAUCUAACGAUAUAUGAACCAUUUCGAACUACUUCUGAGUCGACUGCGCCCCUUUCCUCCAGCCUGCAGUUCUUGAAAAUCCAUAAUCCACAUUUAGCUCGCAAUCCCGAUGUUUCUGCUAUAGAGACUAAGGACGAUGUAGCAGGUGAUAGGGAUGAGCCAAUGAGGGCUAUCUCAAACCUGGGCGGAUAUAGCACUAUCUUCCUUCCUGGUGGAUCACCAAGUUUUGUCUUGAAGACUGCCAAGAGUACACCGAAGGUUCUAAGUCUGCAAGGCUUAGGGGUAAGGGGCAUGAGUAGCUUUCAUACGGAAGGUUGCGAUAGAGGAUUUAUCUACACUGAUGUAGAUGGAAUUGCCCGAGUAUCCCAACUUCCACAGGACACGACUUUUGCCGAACUUGGUGUCUCAUUACAAAAAGUACAAUUAGGACAGGAGGUCCACGGCGUAGCAUACCACCCAACAUCGGAAUGCUAUGUUGCUGCAACUAGUACACUCGUCGACUUCGAAUUGCCUAAAGAAGAGGAUCAUCAUCAUCCGAACUGGGCAAAAGAAGAAAUUGUCUUCAAACCAACAAUGGAGCAAAGCCACCUGAAGCUCAUAAACCCCAUCAACUGGUCGGUCAUCCACGAGAUCGAGCUGGACCCUUUCGAAACCAUCAUGUGCACCAAGACACUCAAUCUCGAGGUAUCCGAAAUCACAAAUGAGCGGAAACAGUGUAUUGUAGUUGGAACGGGGAUUUCAAAGGGCGAGGACCUUGCAAUAAAGGGCCGCAUACAUGUUUUUGAUGUGGUUAGUGUUGUUCCUGAGCCAGAUCGGCCGGAGACCAACAAACGCCUCAAGCUGAUAGCUAGAGAGGAGAUUGCUCGAGGAGCCAUAACUUGCAUUUCUGAGAUCGGAACCCAAGGAUUCAUGCUCGUGUCGCAAGGGCAGAAAUGUAUGGUCCGUGGUCUCAAAGAAGAUGGAACACUUCUUCCAGUCGCGUUCAUGGACAUGAACUGCUAUGUCACCUCCAUCAAGGAGCUGCGGGGCUCAGGAAUUUGCAUCUUUGCUGAUGCUAUCAAGGGCGUCUGGGUUGCUGGUUAUACAGAGGAGCCAUACAAAAUGAUGCUCUUCGGCAAGUCGGCGAAGAAUAUGGAGAUCAUGGAGGCGGAUCUCCUGCCAGAUGGAAAGGAACUGUACGUCGUGGCUGCGGAUUCGGAUUGCAAUUUGCAUAUCAUGCAGUUCGAUCCUGAGCACCCCAAAUCUCUGCAAGGUCAUCUCCUACUGCACCGCUCGACUUUCGCUCUCGGAGGUCAUCUGCCAACAAGCAUGACUGUCCUGCCACGCACCAAAGCCGCAACUCUACUUCCUCCCACUCCAGACGCAAUGGAAACCGCUGCCGAGGAUACAAUUCCGGAGCACGAGAUCCUGAUGACUUCCAGUACAGGUUGUAUCUCUCUCCUCUCUCCCUUAUCAGAAGCUCAAUACCGCCGACUCAGCACUUUAUCCAGCCACCUCAUCAAUACGCUCUACCAUGCCUGUGGACUCAAUCCUAGAGCAUACCGGAUCGAUAAGGAUGCGCCCGAGGGUAUGGUGGGUAGCAGGACUGUUAUUGAUGGUACUAUUCUGAUGCGAUGGAUGGAGUUGGGGAGUCAGAGACGAGCGGAGGUUGCGGGGAGAGUUGGUGUUGAUGUUGAGGAGGUGAGGGAUGAUCUGGCGGCUUUGAUGGGAGGUCUGGGAUAUCUGUGA